AUGGGGAAUGUCUUUGACGAUCAGCUGUGGAAUGACGUCGCUUCUCGAGUUGAGCAAUCGCGUUCUUCGUACAACAUUCAAGCUGAACAAUUUCGCUCGCUGAAUACAAAUUUUCAAACAUAUUUAAUCGAUAUAAAACAAAUUGAUGAUGACAACAAUCGCUUGCAGAACAGUAUUGAAGAAAUUCGAACGAAUUAUAUUCAAACAUUAGAGAAUCAUCUGAAACGUUUACCGGAAGACUUUCGACAAGAGAGUUCGGUUUUGACUGAUGCUCAUCUCCAGCGAUACAAAUCGAAAACUCGUGCGAAGCGUUUCAUAAAUGAACGCGAAGAGAUCAAAAAACGAAUCAAUUUUGUGGUUAAUAAUGAAAAAGAGCAGCUUAAACGUUUAAAUCAGUUGCAAAGGCAAGAUCGUGCUAUUCAGAAUGAAUUGAAAUGUAUCAAUGAGCAAUUACAAAGUGCUUUUAAUCAUGUCGAAAGAGAAAAGCAGAUUCACCGUCAGGCAACGGAUAAAAUCGAUCAAUUACAAAUGCAGUUGGAACAAGUUUAUGUCGAACGAUCGAAAACUGAAUUUGAAGUGCAAAGUCUUCGAGAAGAAGUGAAGCUGAUGCAGACUGCAAAGGAAUUUCUUGAUGAAGAGUAUGAAACCAUACUCGAAGCACAAUCCGAUGCGAAUCUGUAUCUUUUAUCGUGUUUAAAUGAAUCUAUUCUGCGUAUACACGAUGAUUUCGAACAUUUGAAUAACCAGCAAAUCGAACAGAUUGAGAAUGAAUACAAACAAACGAUGAAAAAGUUCGAAGAAACAUCUCUAGCGAAUGCAACAGACAAUGAAACAGAGAUCGAUCGGCAACAUACGUCUCAGACAGAAUGUGGAAAACUUGAAGAAGAAUAUCAAUCAAUCAAUGAAGAAUUAACAAAAGUAAAUGAACAUAAUCGAUUGUUAACUGAACGUAUCUCUUCUAUGGAAACGGAUUUACGUGCCAUACGCAAUACGCACUUACGAGAAUCGAAAGAUAAAGACAAUGAAUUGCAACGAAGUAAAAUCGCAUUGGAAGCUUUGAAUGAACAGUUGAUACAGUUGACUGAAUACGAUCGAAAUUUGCAAUUUGAAUUGACACUCUAUCGAGGGGUUUUGGAAAGCGAAUAUCGACGAAAACAACAGCAAUUAGUUAAUGACCAACAGCCGCACCGACCAACGGUAUUGCGAACGACACUCACACGAGUGCAUAAAACUUAUCCUAUUUUACCAAAUGUGAACCAAACUGAACUCAGUGAAGAAAAGAACGAUGUACCGUCUAAUGAAUCUGAAUUAUCAACAAUUCAUGUAGAAGAUGAUCAAAUUGAGAAUACAGAGAACCAGUCAAGAGAAUCAGAAAAAUCACCCGAUGAUAAUCAACAAAUGAAUAUGCCGAAAACUCCUCUACAGUCACCGUUGGAAGUUCAAACAGUAAUGACCAAUAGUGAAAAUCGACCUGAUGCAUCAUCAUCAUCAUCAUCUACUUCUAAGGGAAAUAGUCUAUUCGAAACGAUAACGUAUUUAACUUCGUCAUUGUUGGGAAAAGACGAAGAUUCAACCAACAGCGAUGACGCACAAACCGCAUCUGCAAAACAUGGCGACGAGUCAUCCCAAUCUGUUUUAACAACCUUAGAAGAUAAACAAAUGCCAGAGACGUAUCAAGAGCAUUUUACUGAUUUAGACAUUGUUGAAAAUCAGCAAGAAUCUAAAGAAGUUCUUCAACCACUCUUAGUCGACUCAGAGAAGCAUGAAUCAUGGAUUAAAUCGCAAGACAAGCCAAUAUCUCCUGUUAAAGAAGAAGCCAACUACUUAGAAACAUUGUCAUCAUCAUUAAAGCAACUCGUGAAGUCGUUUGAAAGUGAUCGAAUACCCGACAAAGAAUUAAAAUCGAACGACGAAAAAAUUGUCACAUCUCCAACGAAUUUUUCAUCUUUAGUACAAUUUGAUGAGCAGCGAAACUCGGCAAUGUCACCUAUCGAAUCUACUACACCGGAGAACCAAACACAAUCUGACGUAUCAUCACCCACAUCUUCAUCGUUGCCAUCGACGAUUUUGCAAAAACCCGUCACAAUUUCAGAAGACCAGUCACCUACAUCAUCAGAAAGUCAACAAUUCCCUGCCAGUAAUCAUCAAGCACUAGAAGAAACAUCAGUUAUAUCUACUGAUGAACCGUACCCAUCGAAUUCCAUGGGAGAUAUGGGUAAUGGAAAUCAUUUGGCAGAAUCAUCUGACGGAUAUGAUAACGAUUUUGAAUCAGAAGAGAAAACCAAAUCAUCAUUUUCAUAUGAAACUGACGACGCUGAACAAGAUCCAUCGCAUCCGUCAAUUUACCGUAUCGAAGAAUUGGAAACCGAUCCAUCUGAUAAAGAAGAAUCGUCUUCUUUUGAUGUAUCAAACGUACAACAGUUUCCAAAUUCAUCUGGAAAUAACGACUCGAAGCUCGAAGACGAUCCUAUAACAAGUGAAGAACCAGUUAGUUCUUCUAAUUACAACCAAAUUGAGGAGAAUAGUGACAUUGGUUUUAUCUCCUCCUCAGGUUAUUAUGGAACUGCAAACGAUUGUACUCAUUUGCUAAAUCAAGAAUUGAAACGAGCCGAAUCAAGUGAAGCAUCAUUAACUGAUGUGUGUGACGACAAUGUAGAGCCAUUAGAAGAAGCUGAUCGAUCAACUUCUCCUAAACUCGAAGACAAGGAAUCGAAUGAAACCAGUUUAGCAGCUGUUAUGGAAGAUCUUCGCUAUGUCUAUCGAGAUCUAGCUAAUGAAGAUGAUCUGGUUGAAAUCGACGACAAUUUUUCCGAACAUCUGAUCGAUAGAUUAGAAUUCGGCGAUAAUAUCAUUCGCACGCUUUUCGAUAAUUUUGUAACAAAAUAUAUUAUCCAACCUGCUGCUACAGGAACUCGCUCGAAAACAUUGGAUUGGACUGAAUUCCGUGAUGUACUUUUCCCUAUCAUUACUAGUCGUUACACGGAAAGGCAUAUUCGGAAACUGUUUGACUUGUUCGACACAAGUAAAGAUGGAUUUCUAUCAUUCGAAGAAAUCAUCGAUUUAUUCGAUCUUCUUCAAGUUAAUAAUUCAACUGAAUUGGCACAUUACAUGAUGAAUGAAUUCGGGAAGAAUCGCGAUGAUCAACUGAGCAUUGAUGAAUUCGUUGCUAUCGUGAAAAAAACUGAUGAUAUCAAUAAUAGUAUUCUUCCGGAAAAGCUGGAAGCUAAACAUUGGUUUAGUAUCCAUCCGAAUGCAGAUGAAAACCAGCCGAUUUCCUUACCAGUCCCGAUUAUCAAUUUUCCACCGAAAACGAACGUCAGUAAUACUGAAAUGCUCAACAAUCACAUGAUCUUAUUGGCCCGAAUCUUCAAAAGAGUCGGUGCUGAUGCGGAAAACAAACAAUUGGAUAGUAAAAAAUCAACAUUGGCAAUGAAAUUGACAAAUGACUUCAUUAAUAAUAACAUUCUUAUAUCGAAUGAAGAUCUGCACUCGUUUAUCGACUUAUAUUUGAACCAAAAGCAGAACUCGGAUUGCUUUGUCACAUGGGAAGAAUUUCGAGAUAUAUUUCUUCCAAUUGUCAAUAAUGGAAUAGUUACUAAGGAAGAUUUGUCCCGUUGGUUUAACAUCUUCGAUUGUAAUCAUCGUAGAAAAAUUGACAAAGAACAGAUUCUUCAAUUACUUCGCUUGCUGCAGUUCACCGAUCCGGAGAAGAUUCUCAAUGAAAUGAAUGAAAUUUCGGAAACGUACACGAAUAACGAUGAUUCAUUUACACUUGAAGAAUUUCUCUUUGCUUUCGACAACACUGAUGAAUCAACAUCUCGUCUUUGUUUGGCCAAUGAACAAGUAAAAUCCUACGAUCUCGACUGGUUAACAAAAACUGUCUUCUAA